AUGGUGUACAUUCGGCAACAGCAUCUCGCAAAUCUCAAAAACUACAAAUAUGCGGGCGUCGACCACUCCCCUAUUAGUCGGUUUGUCCUCAAGCCGUUCUACAACAAAUUCGUGAUCAAUUGUUUCCCCAUGUCCAUGGCGUGCGUAUACCUCCUCUUGCCUUUGGCCUCUGGCUCAGCGAUACCCAAUGCUAUUACUCUCACAGGUUUCAUGUUCGUUGUGAUCAACUUUAUCACCGUUAUGUGGUACAACCCAAACUUGGAUACGGAUUGUCCGAGAUGGGUUUACGCAAGCUGCGCGAUUGGUCUUUUCUUAUACCAGACCUUUGAUGCUGUAGACGGCAUGCAAGCACGGAGGACAAGACAGAGUGGACCGCUCGGUGAACUCUUUGAUCACAGCGUCGAUGCAUGCAACACCGGUCUCGGCGUAUUGGUCUUCGCAUCUGCAAUGAACCUUGGACAAGGCUGGAUGACAUUCAUCCCAUUGUUCGGAUCAACCAUGACCUUCUACGUGCAAACAUGGGACGAGUACUACACCCAGAUCCUCACUCUAGGUGUGAUCUCCGGACCCGUCGAGGGUAUCCUCGCCCUGUGCAGUGUCUUCGCAGUCACGGCCUACAUGGGCGGCGGCAGUUUCUGGCACCAAUCGAUGAUGUCCACAGUCGGUAUCCCCAAGCCAAGCUUCCUCCCGAACCAAAUCUACGACAUGCCUUUCACCCAGUGGUACCUGGUGUUCGGUGCAUUCGUGCUGUUCUUCGCAACCGGAUCUAGCAUCAUGCACGUUAUGCAGGUGCGUCGCGAGCGAGGCCAGGACCCCUUCCAGCCGCUGUACGGUUUGCUUCCAUUGGUCGCCAUCUGGACCCUCACCCCGGCCUACCUCUACCUGCAGCCCGCGAUCAUGGAGAACUUCACCAUUCCCUUCGGACUGUUUGUGACCCUGGUCAACGCCUACUCCGUCGGUCGCAUCAUUGUCGGCCACCUCACUCAGACUAGCUUCCCCUACCAGAAUGUUCUGUUGUACCCACUCGCUCUGGGUGUGUUCGACAGCGCAGGUGCGCAGGUUGGCCUGUGGUCCACGCCCGUUCUUGGAAAUGGCGUUGGGCAGGUGGCGUUCCUCUUCGUCUGCUUGGGCUUGGCGGUCGGAGUGUAUGGCAGCUUCGUGUUCGAUGUCAUCACCACGAUAUGUGACUAUGUUGACAUUUGGUGCCUCACCAUCAAGUACCCCUUCACCGAAGAGACGGAGCACAAGAAUGGUGUGUCCAAGAAGACCAAAUAG